AGUUCUGAAACAUAAAACCGUGGAAAACCCUGAAGACCUCGAAGAUCCCUUCACAAGAGAAUAAGAAAUGGCGACCGGCGGCCCAGCGAAGAACCCUAAGAAGGCGAACCUCUUGGAUCCCCAUUCAAUUAAACACCUCCUCGACGAAUCCGUCACUGAGGUUGUCACGAGCCGUGGGUAUGUGGAGGACGUGAGGCUCAGCAACUUGAGACUGCUGAUCGGAUCCAUCAGCAUCGCCAUCGCCCUCGCCGCCCAGUUCAACCCCAAGAAGUUUCCGGAGAAUAUAGAUUUUCUGAUCGCCUGCAUCGGAUUGUAUAUAGUUUUCAAUGGACUGUUGCAGUUCAUCAGCUACACAAAGGAGAAAAAUGCGAUCCUGUUCACAUAUGCUCCUCCUGGAUCAUUCAGUAGCACUGGAUUGAUUGUGUCUUCGAAGCUGCCAAGGUUCUCUGACAUGUACACUCUUACAAUAGCCAGUGCAGACCCAAAGUCCAUUUCUGCUAAUAAACCAGUCCAUCUUACCAAGAGUGUCACCAAAUGGUUUGCGAAAGAUGGGGUCCUUGUGGAGGGUUUGUUCUGGAAGGAUGUUGAGAGACUGAUUGAUGACUAUAAUGGAGAACGAAAGAACAAAUGACUGACUGAGGAUUCCCUGCGCUGAUGGAGAGGUGCUGGAGGCUUAUCUUGGAAAGGUGCUUGCUGGUUGCUGCCAAUCUUAUAAAAAAAUAUCAUUCCUGAUUUGAAAACAUUGUUACAUUUUAAAAGGGCAUGAUAUAACCUAAUCAUCAUUUUUCUGGCACCUCAAAAAUAUUGAUUUCUCUGAUGAUCCUUUUUGGUAUGAAAUCAUAUAGAGCCGCAUCGUAUGUUAUCUGCAUGCCAAUAUGAAGAUUUGCUAAGCGCAAAGUGGUUCAAACACUAUCAGAUUGUUU